UCCGCCUAGCUGGUUCUGUCAGACAGUAGCCUACUUCCUUGUUGGAAGUGAGACAGUACCUCUUAUAAUAAGCAACUUUUUUCAGAAAAGAUACGGCGUAGCUACUCUUUGAAGUCUGAACAUGUCCAAACCGCCUCCCAAGCCAGCCAAACCAGGCCAGGUCAAGGUGUUCCGAGCCAUGUUCACCUUUGACCCCCGAACGCCAGAUGAGCUCUACUUUGAAGAGGGAGACAUCUUGUAUAUCUCUGAUACGAGUGACAGCAAUUGGUGGAAAGGAACCUGCAGGGGAAGAACUGGCCUCAUCCCAAGCAAUUAUGUGGCCGAGCAGGCAGAGUCCAUUGACAACCCAAUGCACGAGGCAGCUAAACGAGGGAAUCUGAGUUGGCUACGUGAGUGUCUGGAGAACAAAGUGGGAAUUAAUGGUCUGGACAAAGCUGGGAAUACUGCCCUCUACUGGGGAUGCCACGGAGGACACAAAGAUGUGGUGGAGAUCUUGCUGGGGCAGUCUAGCGUUGAGUUGAACCAGCAGAAUAAACUGGGAGACACUGCUCUGCAUGCUGCCGCCUGGAAGGGAUACUCAGACAUAGUGGAGAUGUUACUGAAUAAGAAUGCCAGGAUGGAUAUUAAAAACAAUGAGAAGAAGCUGGCUCUGGAGAUGGCCACAAAUGCCCAGUGUGCCUCUCUCAUCAAGAGGAAACAAGGAGGCAGUGAGUCAUUUAGGCCAGAAGGUGGAAGCCUUACGCUAUUUCGGUUUCCCGGAAACUGAUGAAAGCCCUAGUCCCGGGACUCAAAAAUAUCACACGUACACACAGCAACGCCGAUGAAUACCUUGACGACGAAGACUCUGACUGAUUUCCCCCCUUUCGGAGUGGGCUAUCUCGGGCCUGUCUCAUGGGAUGGGGGGAGUUUGCAGUGUGUGGGACAUUAUUAGCUGGGUGGGGAGGGAGAAGGUGUUCGGAUACAUUCCAAUUUUUCCAAAUAUUUUCUGAACAACAAAUGUAAUAAAAGUAAUACAAGACAUAAUUAACAAUGUGAAUGGAACAUGGAAUUUAUAAAACCUUAGGGCUGUGGAGAGGUGACGUCUUUAUUAUUAAAUUCUGGUAGAUGAUUGGCUGUUCUAAAACCAAUAGCAUGGGUUCCACUGUCGUGCUAUCUGCGGGUGAGUCAGUGAUUGCUGACACCAGAGAGAUUGACAUGCGAUUAUUUCAUACAAAUAUCUCCUGGACUAAUCAUAUCUCCCAUUUGAAGGUGGUCUGAACCUGCAUCGCAGGAAGUGACCAUGUCGAGGCAGUUUUAUUUCUCUCUGGCACUAGUAAGCACUGGCUGGCAUAGAAAUGGGAUGAUACUGGAAAUCAUACUUCAUCCUGCCUUAACUUAACCUCAUUCUAAAAGCAUUGGAAUGCAUACAUAUGUCUGUCAAAGAAUUUUCUGCAUUGUCAAAUGUGAACUUUCAAAUAACCAAGGGCUGGGUUUUUUGUCGCCAAUCAUGUCAUCUCUCAUGGAAUACUGUAAUAUUAGAUGUGCUGUGCAAAACAUUUUCUUCCCCAAUAUCUUCACUUCACUGGGGAUUAGUAAAUUGCCACUGCAUUUUCUAUCUGUACUGUAGAAAGAAAAUGACAGUGCAUUUUCUUCAUGUACUGUAUGUUGUUCACACUGACCACUGCUCCACUGUUAAAAGAUAUGUCACUAAAAGUGCCUUAUGUGAAGAUAUAAUUUGUCUACAGGUGUGUAUGUGAAUAAGUCACCUGAUAUGUCUUUCAUAAAGAUGUGUUCAUUGUUGAUCUUUUCUGUCUAUCUGCUUUGUCUUUCCUGUCAGCUAUGCAAUAAAAUUAUUUUAUCUAAUGAUUUGA